GGUUUAAAACCUAUUUUGGAGUGUUGGAAAACUCCAAUUUAUGGCCUGCUACAGGGUAGCCCUUUGGGGAAGUGCUGGAAAACGAACUUUGACAUUUGAGGAAGUCCGAGCUUACUUCCUUUCCGCUCCCAAUAGAUUUUAUUUCUUUUCAUUGUCAGCCUCAAUCCGGAAACAUCUCCUUGAAUUCCCUCAAGAUCCCAGUAGUUGCAUCAGAGAAGGUUCUAUUUAGUUUUGAAAUGAAAUUAAACAUCUCCUAUCCGGUGACGGGCUGCCAGAAGCUCGUAGAGAUCGUGGACGAGCACAAGCUGCGCAUCUUCUACGAGAAGCGCAUGGGCGCCAGUAUCGCCGCCGAUGGCCUGGGCGAGGAGUGGCAGGGCUAUGUCCUGCGGAUCGCUGGCGGCAACGACAAGCAGGGUUUCCCCAUGAAGCAGGGCGUCUUUAGCCAGCAGCGUGUCCGCCUCCUCCUCAAGUCGGGCCAGUCGUGCUACCGUCCUCGUCGGGACGGCGAACGGAAGCGGAAGUCGGUGCGUGGCUGCAUCGUGAAUGCCAAUAUGUCGGUUCUGGCCUUGGUGGUGGUUCGCAAGGGUGAGCAGGACAUACCGGGCCUCACCGACACCUUCAAGCCCCGCCGUUUGGGUCCCAAGCGGGCCAGCAAGAUCCGUAAGCUCUACAACCUAACCAAGGAGGAUGAUGUGCGUCGCUAUGUGGUUCGUCGCCCCCUCCCGGCCAAAGAGAACAAGAAGGCCACCACCAAAGCCCCCAAGAUUCAACGUCUCAUUACUCCGAUUGUCCUUCAACGGAAGCGUCAUUUGCUGGCCGAGCGGAAGAAGCGACGCAUUGCAUCUGAGCUGGCGGCCAGCGAGUACGUCAAGCUGCUGAUGACGCGCAAGCAGGAGUCGAAGGCUAAGAGGGAGUCGGACAAGCGUCGUCGCUCCCUGUCCCUGCGCAGCUCCAAGUCAUCGAUGCAGUCCUCCACCUCGGUCUAAAGUGAUGGGACCAGCUGGAAUUAUUUAAUUUUUUUUUUCUCCAUAACAAGCCAUAAAAAAGAAAUAUAAAAACCAUGUAAAAUGUA